AUGGGUAUCAAGGUCCUGCAGCUCCAUGUAAAAACCCUGGGCGCAAAUUUCGCCUUAUUUGGGGCAUUCGCCGCUAAUGGAGGCCGAUCGAUUCCAAGCAGCGUGCCCAGGCCCAGCAAGGUACGGAAAGGCCUUCUCUCAUUCGAUGAGCUGCCAGAAUGGCAUCAAGACAACGAGUACAUCCGCCAUAGCUAUCAGCCGAUCUCAGGCUCGGCUCAAACUUCGUUCCGCACACUUGUCUUUCUACUCGGCGAAUGGUAUAUCCUACAGUACCUUAGAAGUCGGUACGCCAACCUCACGGGCACUGAUAUCUUCAUCUUCACUUUCUUUCUAUUGACUGCUUUGCGAUUCGACUUGGUAGGUAUAGUGGUAUUGACAUUGGGUGACUUUGUAUCUGGGAUGUGCAUGGUGUUCUGGUGUGAACCCUUGCAACUUCUUGGAUCUAUAACGAUUUUCAUAAUGGUGAACCCUAAGUUUCAGAGUCCGAAACAUCGUCUUUUCCGAACUCUAGCGUUUGUCAUAACUGGCAUGUCUGGCUUUGCACCUUUGAUCCAUGGUUGUACCAUAUUUGCUUUGAUCUAUGCAACUAAGUUUCCCGAGCGCAUUUUCCCGGGCAAAUUCGACAUUGUCGGCUCCUCCCAUCAACUCUAUCACAUUUUAGUGGUCUUUGCCACUGUAACACAGUUGAUUGCAGUACUCAAAGCUUUCGAUUACAACUACGGUAAUCGAGUAUGUUUGUCUCUUUGAGCUAGGCAUGUUGAGAUAUUUAGAUAUAAGAGUCUUGAAACUCCAGUCCACUGCGGGUAAAGAAAAUAACUAUAUCCCAUCGGGUGCGGAAUAGCUCCAUUUUUGCCAAGCCCCAAAAUACCCAC